AUGUAAGCGAAGGGAACAGUGAACACUGAGUAAUAGGACUUUUAAUUUGUUGUGGUGCAGUUACGUCAUAAAGGUUGCGCCUCGCUUCUGCGUGUGAAGAAAGAGUGUCCAAACAGGCAGAAACUACCAGACUGAAAUCUACUAUAUUAUAAAGAGGAUGUUUGUUAAAAAGGAGAGCGAAGACAUACAGAUUGAAGAAGCAUUUAGAGUGCAACAUGAAGCGUCUGAAGAACAAACAGACCUAAUGGCACUGAAAGAGGAGAGGGAAGUACUCCAUGAAACUGACGUAAAAGAUCAAAAUGAGGAGCUUCUUGAUUUCCCAACUGGAGAAAAGUCUUUUUGUUGUUCACAGACUGAAAAGUCCUCCACUCGAAAACCAGCUCAAACGAGAGGGAAAAAAGGAGAUUUUACUUGUUUUAAGUUUGGACAGAGUUUCAAACAAAAAGUAAAACCUCAAGUCCAUUUGAGAACUGGAAAGAGGCAUUUCGCUUGCCAACAAUGUGGUAUAAGAUUCACUCUAAAAGGAAGCUGGAACAGGCACAUGAGAAUUCACACGGGAGAAAAGCCUUUCACCUGUCAACGAUGUGGAGAGAGUUUUGCUCUGCAUAGAAAUCUUAAGGUCCACAUGAGAAUUCACACUGGAGAGAGCCUUUACACUUGCCAACAGUGUGGAAUAAGUUUCACUCAAAAAGGAAGCAUUAACAGGCACCUGAGAAUUCACAAUGGAGAAAAGCCUUACACAUGCAUUCAGUGUGGAAAGAGUUUUGCUCAACUUGUAAACCUUAAAGUCCACGUAAGAAUUCACACUGGAGAGUGCCCUUACACAUGUCCUCAAUGUGGAAAGAGUUUCGAUAAAGAUGAAAACCUUAAAGUCCACAUGAGAAUUCACACUGGGGAGAAGCCUUAUUCAUGCCUUCACUGUGGAAAGAGUUUCAGUACUCAUGGAAACCUUAAUGUCCACAUGAGAAUUCAUACUGGAGAAAAGCCUUACACAUGCCCUCAGUGUGGAAAGAGUUUCACUCAAAAAGUACGUUUUGAAGCACACAUAAGAAUUCACACUGGAGAGAAGCCUUUCACCUGCCAACAGUGUGGAAAGAGUUUCAAUCAACAUCGAACCUUGAAAGACCACAUGAGAAUUCACACUGGAGAGAAGCCGUUCACCUGUCAACAGUGUGGAAAGAGUUUCACUCAAAAGGGAACCUUUAACAGGCAUAGGAGAGUUCACACCGGAGAAAAGCCUUACACUUGCCAGCAAUGUGGAAAGAGUUUCAGUCAACGUCGAACCAUAAAAAGCCACAUGAGAAUUCACACUGGAGAGAAGCCUUUCACCUGCCAACAGUGUGGAAAGAGUUUCUGUCAACGUCGAUCCUUAGAAAACCACAUGAGAAUCCACACCGGAGAAAAGCCUUUCACCUGCCAACUGUGUGGAAAAAAAUUCUAUCAACAUCGAUACUUAAAAGAACACAUGAUAGUACACACUGGAGAAAGGCCUUUCUCUUGCCAACAGUGUGGAAAGAGUUUCUAUCAACAUCGAAUCUUAAAAAACCACAUGAGAGUUCACACUGUAGAGAGUCCUUUAACCUACCAACAGUGUGGAAAGAGUUUUGAUCAACGGCAAAACUUAAAAAAAUACACGAGAGUUCCCACUGAAGAGAAGACUUUCACCUGCCAACAGUGUGGAAGAAGUUUCAACAGAAAAGGAAACCUUAAUGUCCACAUGAGAAUUCAUACUGGUGAAAAGCCUUUUACAUGCCCUCAGUGUGAAAAGUGUUUCACUCAAAAAGUUUGCUUUGAAGCCCACAUAAGAAUACACACUGGAGAGAAGCCUUUCAACUGCCAAAUAUGUGGAGAGAGUUUCAAUCAGCAUCGAACUUUAAAAGACCACAUGAAGGUUCAUACUGGAGAAAAGCCGUUCACAUGCCAACAGUGUGGAAAGAGUUUCACUCAAAAAGGAACCUUUAACAGGCAUAAGAGGGUUCACACCGGAGAAAAGCCUUACACCUGCCAACAGUGUGGAAAGAGUUUCACUCAACGUCGAACCAUCAAAGACCACAUGAAAGUUCACACCGGAGAGAAGUCUUUUACCUGCUAAUAGUAUGGAAAAUGUUUCAAUCAACAUCGAGCCUUGAAAGACCACAUGAGAAUUCACACUGGAGAGAAGCCAUUCACCUGCCAACAGUGUGGAAAGAAUUUCUGUCAACGUCGAACCUUAGAAAGCCACAUGAGAAUCCACACCGGAGAAAAGCCUUUCACCUGCCAACAGUGUGAAAAUAAAUUCUAUCAACAUCGAUCCUUAAAAGAAGAUAUGACUGUACACACAGUAGAAAGGCCUUUCUCUUGCCAACAGUGUGGAAAGAGUUUCUAUCAAUAUUGAACCUUAAAAAAACCCGAUAGUUCACACUGGAGAGACUCUUUUAACCUAUCAACAGUGUGGAAGACGUUUCAACAGAAAAUGAAACCUUAAUGUCCACAUGAAAAUUCAUAUUGGUCAAAAGCCUUAUACAUGUCCUCAGUGUGGAAAGUGUUUCACUCAAUUCACAAGUUCACGCUUGCAUAUAAUCGGAUGAAGUAUGGUAAUACAUAUUUGGCGUGCUCUCCGGGGAAGGGCACAGAGCUCGGGAAUAGCCCGAACCUAGAGUACCCCCCCAAAUAAGUGUAAUAUAAACUCGAAGUAAGGAGAUGGGGCGAAGGAGGGAUGCUGAUAAACCGCCAAUGAAUAGAGGUAAGUCGGCUGCAUUUAUACUAUGCUGUUGAUUAACUUGAGUGCGGUCUGUGCUAAUUAACCCUAAGUAUCUGACGCACUCCUCCCGAACUUUAAUAAAUCACCAUAAAGUUUGCUUUGAAUUCCACAUAAGAAUACACCCUGAAAAGAAGCCUUUCACCCUCAACAUUCAACAUUGAACUUUAAAAGACCACAUGAGGGUUCAUACCGUUCACCUACCAACAGUGUGGAAAGAGUUUCUGUCAAUGUUGAACCAUAAAAGACCACAUGAGAGUUCACACCAGAGAGAAGCCUUUUACCUGCCUAUAGUAUGAAAAAAGUUCACCCAGAGGAAAAGCAUACACCUGUCAACAUUGUUGAGAGUUUUGCUCAACAUGGAAACCUUCCACAUGAAGUCCACAUGAGAAUUCACACUGAAGAGAGUCUAUUGAGCUACCAGUUUCUACCAAAAAUGAAUUAUUAAUCAUCUGGGUCAUAGGAGGUUUUUGAUCCCUGGUGAUGUUUUGACAUUUGUGCUUAUUUUAGUUUUUAAUUGGUGUUUACACUGUAUUCAGUGCAAACUCUGUUACAGUAUUAGGUGUACCGUUUUUUUUGUUUUUAGUUUUUUAGUUUUGUUUUGAGAAAACAUCUAAAUGUGGUUAAUGAAAAAAAUAAUUAAUUUGUAAGUCACUAAAAUAAGCCUGUAAAUGCAUCCUGAAAAUACUUUAGAGAAUUUGAUCCUUUAGCCAAUAGUUUUUAGUACAAAUGUGGUGAAAAUCAUCCUGCUCUAUAAAGCAAUAUUUGUUCCCCAAAAUGAUUCAUAUUAAACAAUAUAUUGUAAUAGUAUUGUAAUAAACUAUCUUGUGAUGUCAAUAAUGAAGCUUAUUUCACCUUGAUCAUGUAGAAUAUCUGUCCUGUGUUGAUGAACUUACUGAUGUUGGUACAAUUUUAAAAACAAAUAAAUACAAGUUUGAACAGGCUUUCUUCAUUACAGUACGUUACAGUAAACACUUGUCUAAACAAUUUUAGACUGACAUUCAUCAUGUUACAGAAUAAACUUUCAUAUUGCA